GUGUGGUAAAGUCCUGGGACGUCACAAUGGGGCAGCUGCUGCUGCCGCCGUGACACCACCGCGAUGGGCAGCAUCCGGGUAUUUUCCUGUGUGGUCAUGUAGAGACCUCGCCAGAGGCAGCACAGGGAAUAUACUAAUUAAUUGAAGCAACAAAGUGUAUCUGCGAUGCCACCUAAAAGGCAAAUGUCUGCUGUGGAAAUAACUGCACAGCAAAUAGCAGCAAAAAGACGAAGGGCAGAGCGGGAUAAAGCCCGGCGACAAACUAUGACCGAUGACCAAAGAGAACGCGAACGUGAUCGGCACCGCCAUGCAAAUAUGACUCCUCAGCAAAUUACCCGUCACAGAGAAAACAAUCGAAGAGUAAACAGGACAAAGUAUCCUGUUCGGUGUCGGGAUGUCCCUGUCCAUUAUUCCCUGGAGGAGUGGAAGAAUUUAGAAGGGUACGAGGAUCCAUUUGCAGAAGCCGUGAUGGAGAAUCACUGGCCCCUCGCAUCACUGGGUGAAUCCAGUAAGAUAAAUACACAGCAGAGAUCUCCCGCUUCUGAUUGUGCAGAGGAGGAGGAAGAGGGUGAUGAUCAGCCUCAGAACCUAAACAUUGUGGUAGUUGACAUUGGUGAAGGUGACCAGCAGUUUAAAGAAGAGGAGGAGGAGGAAAUCCCUAUUGAUAGCGACACUGGUUUAUCCAGAAACAAAUCAAGGACACAUCCUAAUGUCUAUUAUUCAAAGGAUUAUAAAGAGGAAGAUGAUGAUGAUGAAGAGGAGGAGGAUUAUGAUGAUGAUGAAUUGGAAGAUGAUGUGGAUGAUAGCACCGAAGGUCUGAAUAUUCAUAUUAAAUCUGAAGUCGAGGAAGCAGAGAUUAGUGUGAAAAUUAAGGAAGAAGAAGUCCCUGUAGACAUCAACCAAGAUGUCCUUAAUAGGAAAGUCUGCCCUGAUCGUGGGACAACGGAAAACUACCAGCAAAUGCAAACUCCACCACUUCAGAAAACUUCGGGCUGUGCCACAGAAUCUGCAGUGGGUCAGAAGUUCAUGACCUUUAAUCGUAGAAUGGUGGAGGGAGAUAAACCCUUUUCGUGUGCUGACUGUGGAGGUCUCUUCAAGCAUAAGUCUAGUCUUGUCCUGCACCGGCGAAUUCAUUCGGGAGAAAAGCCAUAUUCUUGUUCUGAAUGCGGGAAACAGUUUAUACAGAAGGCUAAUUAUAUCCGCCACCAGAGACUUCACACAGGCGAAAAGCCAUAUAAAUGUACUGAAUGCGGAAAGCUUUAUGCGCAGAAGCAAAGUCUGGUCAUGCAUCAGAAGUUUCACGCUGAAAAUGAACCAUUUUCCUGCCCCGAAUGUGGGGAGAACUUCAUGCGUCAGUCGCAUCUGGUCACCCACAGGAAAACUCACAAGGGUUUAAGGCGGUAUACCUGUCCUGAUUGUGGAGAUUUUUUUAUGCUAAGGUCGAGUCUGGUCAUACAUCAGAAGGUUCACCGUGCCGAGAGGCCAUUUUGUAGCUGAGGAACACAACUGCAAAACCUGAGCAUACUGAAAUCUUGUCUUUUUUGAACUUUUUCGACUCCUUCUGGAAAAUAUGAUAUAUAUCUGCAGAUCUUUAACAUUAUUCAUAUUUUAUUCUUCUAAAUAGAUGGGGUUUAGUAUUUUUAGAAACACUCUAGCUAAAACGCUAACGUUCAGGUUUCCACAACAGGGCAACACCAGGACUGGUUGCGGCCUUGUCAACUGCCUUGGCCUAAUGCACCGUUACAUUUGGUAAAGGUGGAGAGAGUAUCUGUUAUGGAAAUUUGUUCUCAGUUGCAUGGUCACAUAAAUAUUAACAUUUUAAUUAAAAUAGCUGCCUUUGCUAUUUUUGUUUUUGGUCUAGAGUGAGGCUACACAUACGUAACAAAUACGGAGAGCUGCUUAGUGAAUACUGAGCUGUACCAUAGAGGACAGGAGGGAGCUCAGAAAACCAUACUCUGCAUUUCCGUAAUCAAGGGACAGAUUUAUUAAGCCUGGAGAAGUGAUAAAGCACUGAAGAGUGGAAGGUGAUAACGCAUCAGCCAAUAAGCUCCUGUCAAUUUACAUAUUGGAGCUGAUUGGCUGGUGCGUUACCACCAUGCACUUAUCACCGCUUUAUCACUUCUCCAGGCUUAAUACAUCUGCCCCCAAGUUCUGAAUAGUAGAAAAAACAGUUCAAAGUCACAGUAAAUGGGUGAAUAAAGGAUCUGUAGAAAUGACAAUGAUGGGCAGCAGAGGCACAUUAAUAAGUCACGUGACUGUCCACCCCAUAUUAAUUGAUAAACACUGUCCUAUUUCAACAUCUUAGAAAAGUAUAGCUAUAUUUUUUACCUGAAUUAUGAGGAAGAUAAAGCUGGUAUAAUGUAGAGGAGAUUUAUGAAAUCUUGGAGAGAGAGGCUGGAGAGAGAUAAAGUGGUCUACUUACUAAGCCUUGGAUGGAGAUAAAGUAGGUGGAGAUACAGUAUAAAACCCAGCCCGUGACAUGGCAGUUAGGAGAUGAUUGGCUGGUACUUUUUCUCCGUCCACUUUAUCUCCACCCAAGGCUUAGUAAAUAGACCCCAAAGUAGUAACCAAUCAGCUCCUUACUGUCAUGUUACAGGCUGUGUUUGAAAGAUUACAGGAGCUGGUUGGUUAAUACUAUGAUGCAUAUUCAUGAAGCAGUGAAAUGUGAAUCAGUGAAACCAAUCAGCAUUGAAGUAACAUUUCUCAUUUGCAUACUGUAAAAUUAUACAGGCCACUGUCUCACUUCUUCUCCCCCUAAACCUGACUUUUAAAUAUAUUUCUUUUGUUAUUUUGCCUAAGAAAUAUUCAUCCCAUCCAAUGAUGCGGCUAAUUUAGAAAAAAAUUAAUUUGUCAUCUCUUA